UGUCACAUGGUCCUUGCAAAGUGUUUCAUGUUGUCAAAUAAUCUGUUGAACUACCAACUACACGUAUUUUGAAGUGUAGAUGCUGCUAUUUAUAUCCUCAGGUGAUCAACUAUGAAUGUGAAGUGAUCCAAACAGAGACGAAGUUAGAAGAUGUCUGUCAGGUGUUGGCAGAAGGUUCUGCUGAAACCUCUGCAUGGCAGGCUGCCCUUGGUCACCAGGUGCAGCUGGAGAGCAAGCGCAGGCCUCAGACACUACGGGUCUCCCGGCCGCAUGCGGCCACACAGGAGGGUGGUCAUCACUGGCAUUGGUCUGGUCUCUCCCCUGGGCAUGGGCACCGCUCUGCCCUGGCAGCGCCUGAUAAGUGGCGAGAGUGGCAUCAUCGCCCUAGAUGCAGAGGAGUACAAGACGGUGCCCUGCAGAGUGGCUGCCCGUGUGCCAAGAGGAGAUGGCGAGGGGGCGUUUCAGGAGGAGCGCUACGCCAGCCGCAGCGACAUCAACAGCAUGUCCCCGGCGACGGUCAUGGCCAUCGCAGCGGCGCAGCUGGCCCUGGAGGAUUGUGGGUGGUAUCCCAUCAGCCUCGAGGAGCAGCUGAGUACGGGGGUUGCCGUGGGGAUGGGUAUGGUGUCUCUGGAGGAGAUUGCGCGCACCGCCGCCACCUUCCAGUCGCGCGGCUACAACAGGGUCAGUCCCUUCUUCGUGCCGCGCAUCCUGGUCAACAUGGCCGCCGGGCACAUCAGCAUCAAGCACAAGCUGAGGGGACCCAACCACGCCGUGUCCACUGCCUGCACGACCGGUGCACACGCCAUCGGCGACGCCUCGCGCUUUAUCGCCCACGGAGACGCCACGGCGAUGGUCGCCGGGGGAGCGGAGGCGUGUGUGGGGCCACUGGCGCUGGCUGGGUUCGCCCGGGCACGUGCCCUCAGUACCAGCUGGAACGAGACCCCGCGGCUGGCAUCGCGGCCCUUCCAUCCGGAGCGCGAGGGCUUUGUGAUGGGCGAGGGCGCCGCCGUCAUGGUGCUGGAGGAGCACGAGAGGGCCGUGGCCCGGGGAGCGCGCAUCUACGCCGAGGUGCUGGGAUACGGCCUCUCCGGCGACGCCAGCCACAUCACCGCGCCCACGGCCGAUGGAGACGGAGCACUGAGGUGUAUGUCGGCAGCAGCCCGGGAUGCAGGCGUGGACAUCUCCGAGGUGACCUACAUUAACGCCCACGCCACCUCCACACCACUAGGGGAUGCUGCUGAGAAUGCAGCCAUUAAGAGGCUGUUUGGGCCGCACGUGGCAGCGCUGGCUGUGUCCUCCACCAAGGGCGCCACUGGGCACCUGUUGGGCGCGGCGGGGGCUCUGGAGGCCGCCUUCACUGCGCUGGCGUGCCACCACGCUACCCUGCCCCCCACGCUCAACCUGGACCGCACCGAGCCCGAGUUUGACCUGAACUACGUGCCCUGCACCGCACAGCCCUGGAGCACCGAGAGCCGCAGGGUCGCCCUGACCAACUCGUUCGGCUUCGGGGGCACCAACGCCUCCCUCUGCCUCGCCAGCGUCUGAAGGUGACCACACGCAGAGCGACUUCCUGAGCUUUGUGUCCGGGCAGAGUUACUGUUCACAUGUUGGUUCAGGCUCUUUCCCAUAGAUACAUGGCAACACAUGUUCAUCUGGGGGACUUCAGUCGUUAGUGGGCAACUUAUGGGGCAGUCGUCUAAUCAGAACUCAUGGAAUUAAGCAUGUGAUUGGCUGAUUGCUCAAGAUGCCGUGUGUGUCAUCACCAUGAGGGGCCUGAGGGGUCAGAGGUCACCUCGUCUAAAGGGUCAGGACAUACAGAGGAGGCUCAGCGUGCUUAUUACUGUUAUAGCGCUGUUGGACAGGAACUGUUGGUGUGAGGGAUUUGAAAGGUUGUAUGAAUAGUGGUGUGAUAACCUCUCAGUGAUUUGUUUUUGUGUUUUGUGUUUAUUUGUUUCCUUGUUUGUAUUGGAAUUUUCAGAAUAAUAACAAGAAUGAUUUAUUUUAUUUAUAAAGCCCUUCAUUCAAAGGAAGGUCUCAAAGGAUGAGCUGCAAGCUGUUGCUGAAUAAAUAAUAAUAAAAACAA